GUCAGGGCGGGCGCAGGGAAGGGAAGAUGGCGGAGGAGGAGAAGCUGCCCCCGGGGUGGGAGAAGAGGAUGAGCCGCAGCUCCGGCCGGGUUUAUUACUUCAACCACCUGACGAACGCCAGCCAGUGGGAGCGGCCGCACGGCUCCGGCUCCGGCGGCUCCGUGGGGUCGGCGCGGUCGGAGCCGGGGCGGGUUCGCUGCUCCCACCUCCUGGUGAAGCACAACCAGUCCCGCAGACCCUCGUCCUGGAGGCAGGACAAGAUCACCCGCUCCAAGGAGGAGGCCCUGGAGCUCAUCAACGGUUAUAUCCAGAAGAUAAAAUCGGGAGAGGAGGAUUUUGAGUCCUUGGCUUCCCAGUUCAGCGACUGCAGCUCGGCCAAGGCAGGAGGGGACCUGGGAGCCUUUGGGAGAGGGCAGAUGCAGAAGCCGUUCGAGGACGCGUCGUUCGCGCUGCGGGCGGGCGAGAUGAGCGGCCCCGUGUUCACGGAUUCAGGGAUCCACAUCAUCCUCCGCACGGAGUGAAAGUGCCUUUGGGGCCCGGAGAGGGAGACACGAGGGGGAGGAACGGAAUCCGACCCCCUCCCACCCCACGAACUCCAUCGCCACUCCCGAUCCCAAAAAACACCCCGUCCUCUGUCCCACGGCUCAAACCUCCCGGGACACCUCGGCGCCGGAAAGGGAGGGGGCGGCUCCCGGGACGGGGCGUCGGCGUCUUCCCAAGGGCGGGAAAACGGGGAAUUCCGGGGGGUUUGGGGAGGGUUGGGCUGUCCUGACCCGGCU